AUGCAGCUGGGGGACAUCGGAGUUAAAAGUGCCUCCUUUCGGUUUGGUAAUGUGGCAGUGGACGGCGACAAGCAUUUGGUGGUGAGGGAUGUGGAGAGCAAUGAGCUAUACUUUGUGAGUCUGAACCCGAAGGAGGCCUUGGAGUCCCCGGGUAGCCCCGGCGCCUAUUCUGUGUCCAAGAAACCCACGCAGGCGGAGGCGGCGCUUCAUCACCCGACGGACCCCAUCGUUGCUUUGCGGGCGAAGGCUGAUGGCGGGCAGCAAGUGGUGCAGGUGCUGAACCUGGAGACGAAGGCCCGGAUGGGUACGGCCCCCAUGCCGGAAUCUAUUGUCUACUGGAGAUGGGUUGCACCCCGCGUGCUCGCCUUAGUCACGGAAAAGGCUGUCUGGCACUGGACAUUGGGGGAGGGGGCUGAGGCGGGGGAGCCGCAGAAGAUCUGCGAGAGGGAAGGCCGGCUUGCGGAGGGGGUGCAGAUUAUCGGAUACUCCACCGACAAGGAGAUGAAGUGGUGCGUCCUCACAGGCAUCAGCACACAGGACGGAGGGAAGACCAUCGAUGGUUCCCUGCAGCUAUAUUCGAUGGAGCUGAAAAAGCACCAGCAACUGGAGGGGCAUGCGGCCUGUUUCGGGGGGUUGGUGGUAGACGAGGCGUUGGGACCGCAGCCAGUCAUUUGCUUCGCCGAGAAGAAACGGGGGAACCCUGAGUUCAAGCUUCACGUUAGGGACUUGGCCCCCAAGAGGGAGGACGGCAAGCCUCCCCUCCGCGUGUGUACAGACAUUGCGUUAUCGCCGGAUGCGCCGUCGGACUUCCCACUUGCCGUCCAUCUAAGCAAGAAGCUCGGCCUCGUGUUCUUAGUCACCAAGGGCGGCUUUCUGCUGCUCUUCGACGCCUUCACCGGCACGCAGCUGCUGCGGCACCGCAUUUCACAGGACCCCGUUUUCCUUACUGCGGAUUCUCCUCAAACGGGAGGCGUCAUCACUGUUCACAAGAAAGGCACUGUGGCACUCACAACCGUCAAUGUGGGUCUCCUCGGCCCCUACAUGCAACAUGCUUUGCCUCACCUUCCAAACAGAGCCCAAAUCUACCUGAGUUUGGCGAAGCGCUACGGCCUCCCGGGAGCGGACGACACUCUUGUUCAGGCCUUCAACCAACACUUUGCCAGCGGCGACUACCGGGGAGCUGCGCGCAUCUGUGCUACGCUUAAGUCCGGGCGUCUGCGGACGCCGCAAGUGCUGCAGCAGUUUAAGGGGGUUCCGGCACAACCAGGGCAGACUUCCGCCAUUUUGCUGUACUUCUCAACUCUCCUGGAAUAUGGGUCUUUGAAUGCGGUGGAGAGUUUGGAACUGGUGCGCCCUGUGGUGGCCCAAGGAAGGAAAGAUUUCAUUACGACUUGGCUGCGAGAAGACAAGCUGGAGUGUACGGAGGAACUGGGAGAUGUGCUGAGGCCUCUGGACCCAACGCUUGCCACUCAGGUUUACAAGAAGGCCAAGGCCGGUCAGAAGGUCAUGCUCAUGCUGGUGGAGCAGGGCAAGACUGACGAGCUGCUGGAGUACGCAGCGCAGACUCGCAUACAGGCGGACUACUCCGCGUUGCUGCGUUCGAUGCUGGCGACCAACCCGGAGGGCGCCAUGGCAUUUGCGCAGAAGUUGCUGGCCACGGAGCCGCCGCUUGUAGACCCCAACCAAGUGGUAGAUGUCCUGUUGCAGCAGCAACGCUUUCAAGAGUUGUCAUCGUUGUUGCUGGAAUAUUUGAAGGGGAACAAGCCUGAGCAGGGGCCUCUGCAGACGCGGCUGUUCGAAAUUAACCUGAAGCACUCCCCUCAAGUUGCCGAGGCCAUAUUCCAAAUGGAAAUGCUGACCCACUACGACCGGCAAAAAGUGGGGGCUCUGUGCGAGGCGGCGGGGCUGUACCAGCGCGCCCUGGAGAACUACACAGAGCUGGCAGAUGUGAAGCGAGUGCUCCUGCAAACAGGAGGCAAGAUAUCGCAGGAGUGGAUGGCACAAUUCUUUGGCCGCAUGGCCCCCGAAGUCUGUGUGGAGAUCUUGACAGAUAUGCUGCGCGCUUCCUCUCAGAAUCUUCAGGCUGUGGUGGGUGUGGCCAUCAAGUUCCACGAGCAGCUCGGCACGGAGCGCCUCAUUGCCAUGUUCGAGCGUUUCAGCAGCUAUGAAGGCAUUUUUUACUUUCUGGGUUCCAUCCUCGCCUUCUCCACAGACCCAGAGGUCCACUUCAAGUACAUCGAGGCGGCAGCGAAACUCAACCACACUCAGGAGGUCGAGCGUGUCUGUAGGGAAAGCAAGCACUACGAGCCGCAGCGCGUAAAGGAAUUCCUCAAGCAAGCCAAGCUUAGCGACCCCAGGCCCUUGAUAUACGUCUGCGACCUGCACGGCUUUGUCGUUGAGCUCACAGAGUACCUGUACAAACACUCCUUGCUGCGUUACAUUGAGGUGUACGUCUCGCGCGUGAAUUCGGCGAAUGCCCCGCUGGUGGUGGGUGCUCUCGUGGAUCUAGACGCCCCAGAGGACUUCAUCAAACAACUGCUGCAGGCGGUCCGCGGCAACUGCAGCGCCUCCCAGCUCGUAGAAGAGGUCGAGAAAAGGAACAGAUUGAGGUUGUUGCUGCAGUGGCUUGAGCAGCGCGUGGCGGAGGGAAACCAGGACCCAGCAGUCCACAAUGCUCUGGCGAAGAUAUUUAUCGAUACCAACCGCGACGCGGAGAACUUUUUGAAGACGAAUGCCUUCUAUGAUUCGAUGGAAGUGGGGAAGUAUUGCGAAGAGAGGGACCCGCAUUUGGCGUUCAUUGCUUACAAAAGAGCUUGGGGACCCUGUGACAGGCAGUUGGUCGAGCUUACGAACAAGAAUGGCCUAUUUCGGCUCCAAGCCCGAUAUCUCGUUGAGCGUCAGUGCGCGGAGCUAUGGGCUUACGUUCUGAGGCCAGAGAAUAAUUAUCGGCGGUCGGUGAUAGACCAAGUAGUAUCCUCAGCCCUUCCCGAAUCAUCUUCUGCUGACGAGGUGUCAGCGGCAGUGAAUGCCUUCAUCAGCGCGCAGCUGCCUCAGGAGCUGACGGAGCUGCUUGAGAAGAUUGUGCUGCACAACAGCGACUUCAGCUCUAACCAGAACUUGCAGAACCUGCUUAUUCUAACAGCCAUCAAAGCAGAGCCUUCGCGCGUUAUGGGGUAUAUCAACCGGCUACAAAACUUCGAUGGCGCGGCGAUUGCACAGGUGGCCCUGGAGAACGGCCUGCGGGAGGAGGCGUUAACGAUCUACCGCAAAUUUGGGUUGUUGGCGGAGGCCGCAGAUACGCUUCUGGAAGCUGCUGCUGGUGGGGGCGAGCAGGAACUCGAGAGAGCCCAAGAAUUCGCUCAGCGCUGUGGCAAUGCGGAGGUCUGGCGUAAGCUGGGGAGGGCGCAGCUACGGCAGGGGCGUGUGGUCGAGGCUGUCGAUUCAUUGAUCAAGGCUGGCGACGGCGAAGUGUUCAGGGAGGUUGUUGAGAAGGCAACUGAGCAAGGCGCCUUCGAGGCCUUGGCGGACUACUUGCUCAUGGCUCGUAAAAGCGUAACAAUCAAGGACCAGACUCUGGAUUCGGAGCUGCUCUACUCCUACGCAAUGACUGAGAGGCUUGAGGACCUGGAGUUGUUUCUCAAUGGGCCGAACACCGCUAAUGUUCAGGCCGUAGGGGACAGGCUCUUUGAACAGGGUCGCUACGAAGCCGCAAAAAUACUGUACCAGAGCUUGCCGAAUUACAGUAAGCUGGCUAGCUGCUUUGUGCGGAUGAAGGACUUUGGGGCGGCUGUGGAUGCCGCGCGAAAGGCAAAGAACCCUAAGACAUGGAAGGAGGUGGCCUUUGGGGCCUUAAAUGAAGGAGACAUAAAGUGCGCCCACACAGCUGGAUUGCAGCUUAUUGCCCACCCUGACCUGCUCGACGCUUUGGUUGAGGAGUACGAGAGAUGGGGCUUGCAUAAGCAGCUCAUGGAACUUCUGGAGACAGGAGCUCAAGGGGAGCGGACUCACGUGGGGCUUUUUACCGAACUGGGAGUGUUGUAUGCUACCUAUGAUAGCGCCAAGCUUAUGGACCACUGCAAACAGCACAAGGCGCGCAUGAACAUCCCCCGACUCAUCCGGACAUGCGAAAAGUGCUGCCUUUGGAAGGAAGCCGUGUACCUACACACAAUCUACGACGAGUAUGAGCAAGCGGCGAACUGCAUGAUUCUCCACCCCACGGCAUGGCAGCAUGACCAAUUCAUUCAGGUCGUGCAGAAGGUCUCCAAUGUGGAACUUCUCUACCGUGCAAUUUCCUUUUACUUGGAAGAACAUCCACUACAACUGUGUGCGCUGCUAAAGGGCAUAGACCGGAAGGUGGACCACUCUAGGGUAGUGCAGCAACUUCGCAAGGCUGGGCAUUUGCCCUUGAUAGAGAAGUAUCUACAGGAGCAGCUACCUUUAAAUGUCGCAGCAGUCAACGAAGCUAUGUUGGAACUCCUUGUGGAGGCCCAAGAUGAGGAGCGUAUUCGCGAACUCAUCUUCGAAUGUGAUAAUUUCGACCAGUUGGGCCUGGCGAAGCAGCUUGAGGUGCACAAAGAACUUGGCAUGCGCAGGAUUGCGGCGCUCCUGUAUCAGAAGAACAAGAAGUACUCCUUGGCAAUGGAACUUUCCAAGAAAGACGCACAGCUUCAAGACUGCAUAGAAACUGCAAAGGAGUCAGGCAGCGCGCAGCUGGUGGAAGAUUUGCUAAAGUACUUUUUAACGGAGUUGAAGGACCCCGAGGCGUUCGCUGCCUGUCUCCACACCUGUUGUGAUCUCGUGAAGCCAGAUGUGGCACUUGAGUUGGCCUGGCGCCACAAGGUGGUAGACUUCAUCAUGCCUUACCUUAUUCACGUAGUGCGUGACGUGAACACGCGGCUCGAUCAACUGGACAAGCAGCAGCAGCAGCAGCAGCAGUUGCAGCAGAGCGCCCCAAACGACUAUGUGCCGGACUACAGCAUGCAGCCCGUGACGAUGCUUCCAGGAAUGGGGGGAUUGGCUCUGAUGCCUCCUGCGCCCAACUGCACCCCGUCUCAUCAGACUUUUGAAUGCGUGGCAGUGUGCCGUAGUUAUCUGGCGGCGGAGUGA